UACAUCCAUGUUUAAAUAUCUUAAAAUAAAAAAAUUCAGAAAACAGGAAUAAUGUACCAUAGAGCCUCCCUAUAUAUACACCAGCUGGUAGGAUAUGAGUCAUACUAAGUUUAUUUGCCAUGGCUCUAUUAUUCCUCUACUCUGCAUAUCUUUUCUCCUUUGUCCUCUUAACCUUUAUGGUUCAAAAGAUGAGAAACAAGAAAGGUUAUUCAAUUUAUAACAUACCACCAGGACCUAGAAAGCUACCUGUUAUAGGAAAUAUAUAUAAUCUGUUAAGCUCUCAACCCCAUCGGAAAUUAAGAGAUUUGGCCAAAAUAUAUGGACCUGUGAUGCAUCUUCAACUUGGAGAGGUUUCGACUAUUGUGAUUUCAUCGCCCGUAUGUGCCAAAGAGGUAAUGAAAACCCAUGAUAUUAACUUUGCGUCAAGGCCUUGUCUCCUAGCUUCAGAAAUAAUGUCUUACAAUUCCACAAAUAUAGCUUUUGCUCCGUAUGGUAGUUAUUGGAGAGAAUUACGAAAAAUAUGCACAUUGGAACUUUUAAGCCUAAAAAGAGUAAAUUCGUACCAAUCAAUUAGAGAAGAUGUGCUUUCCAACCUUGUCAAAUGGAUUGCUUCGCAGGAUGGUUCGCCAAUCAAUUUAACUGAAGCUGUAAUUUCUUCAAUAUACACUAUUGUUUCGAGGGCCGCCUUUGGCAAUAAAUGCAAAGACCAAGAAGAAUUUAUAUCAGUGGUAAAAGAAUUGAUAAAGGUUGCAGCAGGUUUUGACCUGGGAGAUUUGUUUCCUUCUGCUAAAUGGCUUCAACAUGUUACUGGGUUGAGGCCUAAGCUUGAGAGGUAUCAUCGACAAACUGAUCAGAUAUUUGAAAACAUUAUCAAUGAGCAUAAAGGAGAAAAGUACACAAAAGCCAAAGAUGAACAAGGUGAAGUAGAAGAAGAUCUGGUAGACGUUCUCUUAAAAUAUGAGGAUUAUAGCAACAAGGAUUUUUCCUUAACAAAAAACAACAUCAAGGCUAUAAUCCUUGACGUUUUCGGUGCUGGAGGCGAGACAUCUGCAAGCACCAUAGAUUGGGCAAUGGCAGAAAUGAUAAGGGAUCCAAGAAUAAUGAAGAAAGCACAAGAUGAGGUGAGAGAGGUCUUCAAAAUGAAAGGUAGGGUUGAUGAAAAUUGCCUCAAUGAACUAAAUUAUUUGAAAUCAGUAGUCAAGGAAACAUUAAGGCUACACCCUCCAGCACCUCUUUUGCUACCAAGAGAAUGUGGUCAAGCAUGUGAGAUAAACGGCUUUCACAUACCGAUAAAGAGUAAGGUUAUUAUCAAUGCUUGGACAAUUGCAAGAGAUCCAAACUACUGGACUGAGCCAGAGAGGUUUUAUCCAGAGAGAUUCAUUGACAGAACUAUUGACUAUAAAGGUAGUAAUUUUGAGUACAUUCCUUUUGGUGCUGGAAGAAGAAUAUGCCCAGGGAGCACAUUUGGUUUGAGAAAUAUUGACCUUACCCUUGCAAUGUUGUUGUAUCAUUUUGACUGGAAGCUACCAAUUGGAAUCAAAAGUGAAGAACUAGACAUGACAGAGCAAUUCGGAAUUACAGUGAGAAGAAAAGAUGAUCUUUUACUGUUCCCUUUUGUUUAUCAUCCUUUGAAUGUUAAGUGAGAUUCACAUGAGGAAACUGAAAGCCAUAAGAGUUAAAAUAAAUGAAGAUUGUGCAACUUAACCAUGUUUUCUAGUAUGUAUUCUCUAAGCCUUUUUGUAAAAGUAUCAACAUUGUCAUAGUAAUUACCUAAAAGGCAUCCAUCUGUCAUUCUUAUAAUCACCUAAAUUAGCAGCAUUUCCAUCACCCUUUUAUAAAAUACUACUCUAUUUUGAUUUCUA